AGUGAGGGGCUGGAGGACUUGUGGUGUAGAGUUUCAGCCAUACUUUACAUUAGGUAAUCUAUGGUCAUCUUUCGAGGAAUGGAGUGCAUAUGGAGCAGGGGUGCCUUUGGUGCUUGACGGGAGAGACUGUUUGUCCAAUACUAUGUUCCAUACUUGUUGGGGAUCCAGUUUUAUGUUAAAUCUCUGCAAUCAGAUGAUAAGUCCAGGAGUGCCUUUCUAGUGAUGAUAGCUAAGCUGGGAGUUCUUGGCAUUACCUGGUGUUUGAAUUUCUUGACCCGGAUAGUCCUUACUGCCACGUACCCUUGGCAGACAAGGCUAGUUGUUUUCUUAACCCAUUUACUCAAAGUUUUCUGUCUUAGAAUUAACUUCUAAUUUUUAUCUGUCAUAACUGCAUUGCAGAUUUCAGAUCUUGCAUGCUGCUAUCCCAGGCUGAAGACAUCAAGAAGUUGUGACUUAUUGCCUAUUAGUUGGAUAUCUAUUGCAUGGUAAUGUUGAUACGUUUUUACAAUUAUUGACUCUUGUAUUAUAUGAUUAUUCAUUUGCUUGUAUUGUUGUUUUCGUAUCUUGUACGUAUCCUAUUUACCGGAUCCCAACCGGUCAAACAUUAAAGGAUUUGGACGCUUGCUUUCUAACCUAUCAUUCCCUUUCCACACCCAUUGAAGGUAAUGGAAGUAAUCAUUCACUAAUUUUAGUCUAUCAUAAUGAACAGGAUGGUAUCCCGAAGGUUUCCUUACCUGCUUUUGGAAUGGCUUCUUAUAAAUUCAAAGGAUCAAUAUGGACGCCAAAUGGUGUAAGCGAGCAUCAACUCACAAAUUCCCUCACUAAGGCUGCUGAAAACUGGCUAAGACUGCUCCAGGCCAUUCACCCUGAUUUUCAGUUUUUUGCUUUGCAUGGAGUCUACCACAGGUGAAAUUGGAUAUGCUCGUGUUUUAACUUUCUCUUCCAUACUGUAAGAAGUCUAUGAAGAAAUGUGUCCAAUUCCUCUGCAAAAUGCUACUUUUCAUCGAACUCCAUUCAGUCUUAGUUCUGAUGAUGUCUAAUUUUCCUUCUUAUAUAACUGCACUGAGCGGCUAGAUUACCACACAUAUCCACCAAGAUGUGCUAGCAAUACUUUAAGUUAUUCUUUUGCUGUUUUCCAUGAAGAAGGUUUGGAGAGCAGUAACUACUCCUUAGAGUCAUGCCAAUCUUUUGUUGAUGCCCCAGUGUAUAUGGAUAUGAAUACUUACAGUAAUUUCACAAGUCUGUUGAAAGCAAACUAUUCUGAAAUCUUGAGGAUGGGUUUCCUUCUGAAUUGGACUGCACAUAGUUGCAGCAAUUGUGAGAGCAGUGGUGGGCACUGUGGAUUUGAUAAUGAUCAUUUCAUUUGUUUUUGACAGGACAAGUCUCAUUCCAAAACCUGCAAUGAUGAUUGAGGGCCUAAUUAGCUCCUCUGCUUGUUAAUGUUGUAUUUUUAUUCCUUGUGCCUGCUUCUUGGCCUGAUAGAUGUCUUGUCUUUUGUUUCUUUUGUUUUUUUUUUU